UUAAUCUUAGAAUAUAGAUAGAUUAUUAAUGUUCUAAGAAUUUAACAAUAUUUGAGAUAAACGUUAUUGAUUUUUGAUAAAAAUAUAAUGGCUUGGACUUGCAUCAAAAGUUGUUUGAACAAUAUAAAUACAUGGACCCCACAAAUAGUUGCAGUUCGUUUCCGUUACCACGCUGAUAAAGUUAAGAGAGGUCCUCUAAUACGAAGAUAUGGUUAUGAAGAACGAAUAUUACAAGGGGGAUUACUUCCUAGAUCCAAAGAUGCGAAACCUCUUCCAAUUCCAGAAUACAAACCUAAGAAUGCUUGGAGCGAAAAAAGAGCCUUGUUCGGACAAAAUGACUAUAUAGAUAUUUUAGGCAAUGAAAAAUUACACCCAACUAGAAUAUUGUACAACAUGCCACAGUGGCUCAGAGGGGUUGGGGGUAAUGAAUUCCAAGUAAUGAUCAGAAAAAGAAGAAUGCUAUCCAAAACAACAUAUCCUCUUGCAAGACCCACUAAAUGGUACCAAUUAGAAAAAAGAAUUAACUACUUAUAUAGAUUCUUGAACAGGAAGACUAGAACCGGAUUUUCAAAUCAGUGAUGUUGAAGUUUGUUGGAUACCAGAAGCUUCUUGAAAUUAUCAAUAUUUUGAUGUUAACAAAAGAUUGAGAGUGAGAAGUAUUAUGUAAUAAAAAUAUUGGUUA